UUACAACAAUAACAAAAUUGAGGCUAAAGUUAGACGGGCUUUGCUUUUCUUUCCUUCUGCUGUGCUGCUGCCACACUCUUUUUCUCUUUGAACAGAACAGAGAGUAGAGAGAGAGGGAGGAGGCAGAGGAGGAGGAACCGUAACCCUAAAGAUCGUGAGCAAGAGAUCUAUUGCGGAUCAUAUACAGGAGGACUCGGGCUUUGCUUGUCACGUGGCGUGCGCCAUCCAAUUUUACAGUUGCUGUACGAGAAAUCUCCGGUUACUGGAGAGAAAAGUGGAGAAUUUACUGCUCGGCUUCUUGAAUUCAUCAUAUCUGCAGUGUCAAAGUUAAUAAGCUAAUAGUCACUCUUGAUUUAUAGUUUGGGGGAAGAUAAGAAAUGAGACUUUGCUGUGUAAUCUACUGCUUCUGCUAUAGCAGAAUUCGGAGUUCUUGUAAUCACGUGAUUAGACAAACGUAAAUGAUGAUAUAACUUUACUCCAAAUGGAUAGGAUUCCUGAGUUGAAGAUGCUAUCCACUCAUAGUUCUUCUCUUCAUAAGGUUUCAAGCAUGCACGCAAGUAGCUCAAGGAAUGAACAAGGUGCGGAUGUUGUUUGGGGAUCUCAAAAUGCUGAUGCACUUGUUCUAAAGGAAUCUGAAAUACAAGGCACAUUGGUUGAUCAAAAUGAAUCAACCCCUGAGGUUGAUAGCUUCAGGAGUGUUGACUCCUUCGAAGGAGGAAGAAGUUCUUUCAAUGGAGCAAGUCAUCCCCUGGAGCCAAUGGAUACUGAUCUGGUGAAAUCAGUCUAUGUGGCAAUUGACCAAGAGAAAUCUGAUGCAGGAUGUUUAAUGAAAGGAAUCUCUACACAAGGUCCAUUUAUAGAAGAUCUUUCAAUUCGAGGUCCUCCUGCAAAAACAAGUGCAGUUGUUUUAUCACCAGAUAAGAGCUUUCCUAGUGAACUGAAUGAAUCAGAUUCUUUAUCUUCUCCAUUUUCUGUUCCAAAGAUAUUGCUGCCAAUGGAUACAACUCUUUUGCCACCAGAUUCUGAUGAAAAGGAAUGCAUCUGGGAUGCUUCCCUUCCCCCAAGUGGUAAUGUCAGUCCUCACAGUAGUAUCGAUAGCACUGGAGUGGUAACUGCAAUGAGUAUAGUUAACACUUGUACAAGUACCUAUAGAAGUGGGAUUACUAGUGAUGGUAUGCUUAGCUCAGAAAGGGCAUGUGAGAGUGCAAAGGGCAGUGUGAUAGGGGACUCACUUGAAAGUACUAAAACUAGUAUUAGCAGAGCAAGUGAUAGCAGUGGCGUCAGUGAUGAUAGCAGCUGGAGCAAUAUCACCGGAAGCGCAAAUAAGCCACACAAGGGGAAUGAUCCUAGAUGGAAGGCUAUUCUAGCAAUUCGAUCUCGAGAUGGUAUUUUGGGUAUGAGUCAGUUUCGAUUACUCAAACGCCUUGGAUGUGGUGAUAUUGGUAGUGUUUAUCUCUCAGAGUUGAGUGGCACAAGGUGUUACUUUGCAAUGAAAGUGAUGGACAAGGCAUCUCUUGCAAGUAGGAAGAAGCUAACAAGGGCUCAAACGGAAAGGGAGAUUCUCCAACUUCUGGAUCACCCUUUCUUGCCAACUUUGUACACUCAUUUUGAGACUGACAGAUUUUCAUGUUUGGUGAUGGAAUUCUGCCCUGGUGGUGAUUUGCAUACAUUGAGGCAACGACAGCCAGGGAAACACUUUUCUGAGUAUGCAGCAAGAUUUUAUGCUGCUGAAGUACUACUUGCCCUCGAGUAUUUACACAUGCUUGGAGUUGUGUACAGAGACCUGAAGCCAGAAAAUGUACUUGUUCGUGACGAUGGCCACAUAAUGCUUUCUGAUUUUGAUCUUUCCUUGAGAUGUGCUGUUUCACCCACUUUGAUAAAAUCAUCACUCGACUCAGAUCCUUCCAAACGUACAGCUGGUGCAUUUUGUGUCCAACCAGCAUGCAUUGAGCCUACUUCAGUUUGUGUUCAACCUGCAUGUUUUAUACCAAGACUCUUUCCCCAUAAGAACAAGAAAAAAACAAGAAAACCAUGGGCUGAGACACCGAGACAGCAGGUUGCCACACUGCCGGAACUUGUGGUUGAGCCAACCACUGCCCGAUCGAUGUCCUUUGUUGGGACUCACGAGUAUUUAGCCCCUGAAAUCAUCAAAGGCGAAGGCCAUGGAAGUGCUGUGGACUGGUGGACCUUUGGUAUCUUCCUCCAUGAACUCCUUUAUGGGAAGACACCCUUCAAGGGCUCAGGCAACAGAGCAACAUUGUUCAAUGUGGUAGGCCAGCAGCUUAGAUUUCCUGAAAUGCCAUCGACCAGCUAUGCAAGCCGAGAUUUGAUAAGAGGACUGCUAGUUAAAGAACCCCAGCAGCGACUAGGGGUAAAGAGAGGGGCUGCCGAGAUAAAGCAACACCCCUUUUUUGAGGGUGUCAAUUGGGCCCUGAUACGCUGCAGCACCCCUCCAGAGGUGCCAAGGCCAGUGGAGCCGGAGUUAUUGCUGAAAUUUGGAGCAACUGAUGGAUUUGGAACCAGUGGCAAGAGGAUUGUAGGAGCAGAUGUGAAGCCUGGAGGCAAGUAUUUGGACUUUGAGUUUUUUUAGGUUGUAUCUCAUUAUCUAAUCAAUUUCAUUGUUAUGUUAUUUUUUCCCCUUAACUUCACAAGUACUUUUGUGCUGUGCUAUAUAGUGAUAUUAUCCUUCCUGAAGCCAAUCAAUUUAAUGUUUGCAUUGGAGAUU